AUACCAACUCGUGUCGACUGCUGCGAAUUGCUUCUUCCAUCUUCAGCCCUAAGACAAGCGGUCCAAAAAUGCCUGGCGAAGUGAUAGACCAGCCAAACCCACCUCCAUUGCCAUCAGAUCUCCCUGAAGAGCUCGACAAAUUUGCUGUGCAGCUCCAGAAGAUCUCUCUCGACCAGAAAGACUACGAUGACUUGGCUAAAUUUCGAAGGGCGGCAUGUUAUAUCGCUGCUGCAAUGAUAUUUUUACAGGACAAUGUGUACCUAAAGAGAGAGAUUAAACCAGAGGAUAUCAAACCUCGAUUGUUGGGUCACUGGGGAACAUGCCCAGGUUUGAUCCUGGUUUAUUCCCACCUCAAUUACCUGAUAACUAAAUAUGAUUACGAUAUGCUAUAUGUAGUUGGACCGGGUCAUGGAGCUCCUGCAAUUCUAGCCUCUGUUUGGCUUGAAGGUUCUCUCGAGAAGUUCUUCCCUCAGUACUCUCGCGAUACCAAGGGACUUUCCAAUCUCAUUACCAGAUUCAGUACCACAUCCGGCUUACCAAGUCAUAUCAAUGCGGAAACUCCAGGAGCCAUCCACGAGGGAGGCGAACUGGGUUAUGCACUUGCGGUUUCGUUCGGUGCGGUUAUGGACAACCCAGAUCUCAUUGUCACAUGUGUCAUUGGAGAUGGUGAAGCAGAGAGUGGUCCCACAGCCACGAGCUGGCACGCGGCGAAGUAUAUUGAUCCGAAAGAAUCUGGUGCGGUCUUGCCAAUAGUGCAUGUCAAUGGCUUCAAGAUCAGCGAAAGAACGGUCUAUGGAUGUAUGGACAAUCGAGAACUGACCGCGCUGUUCCUCGGAUAUGGCUAUCAGCCCCGAUUUGUUGAGAACCUUGACGACAUCGACACUGAUAUGCACACUUCAAUGGUUUGGGCGGUUGGAGAAAUCCGCCGUAUUCAAAAGGCAGCUCGCGAAGGAAAGCCUCUGAGCAAGCCUAGAUGGCCCGUUUUGAUCCUACGGACACCUAAGGGAUGGUCUGGACCAAAAAAGAUCCAUGGAGAGUUCAUUGAGGGCUCCUUCCACUCCCACCAAGUUCCUCUUCCAAAAGCUAAAAAAGACAAGGAAGAGCUUCAAGCUCUUCAAGACUGGCUUACCUCUUAUAAACCAGAGGAUCUUUUCAAUGAACAAGGCGGCCCAAUUGAUGCGAUUACUUCAAUCAUCCCAAAGACAGAUAGCAAGAAGCUCGGCCAGCGUAUUGAGUCCUAUGGCAACUACAAACCUCUUGAGAUGCCUAACUGGAAACAUUUCGUGGUCUCCAAAGGCUCCUACGAGAGUUCGAUGAAGACUAUCGGAAAGUUUAUUGACGAAGUAUUUGUCAAGAAUCCUCAAACAGCAAGGCUUUUCAGCCCUGACGAACUAGAAAGCAAUAAGUUAGAUGCUGCCCUGGCUCACACUGGGCGAAACUUCCAGUGGGAUCAAUUUUCACGCAACAAGGGUGGCCGUGUUAUUGAAGUUUUGAGCGAGCACAUGUGUCAAGGUUUCAUGCAGGGCUACACUCUUACUGGGCGAACCGCUAUCUUCCCGACUUAUGAAAGCUUCCUCGGUAUUGUCCACACGAUGAUGGUACAAUACAGUAAGUUUAACAAGAUGGCACGUGAAACGAGAUGGCACAGCGAUAUUGCGAGCAUCAAUUACAUUGAAACGAGCACUUGGACUCGCCAGGAGCAUAAUGGGUUCUCGCAUCAGAAUCCUUCUUUCAUUGGUGCAGUGCUCAAACUCAAGCCUUACGCAGCAAGAGUCUAUCUGCCACCAGACGCCAAUACUUUCUUAUCCGCACUUGACCACUGUCUUCGAUCCAGGAAUUAUGUUAAUCUCAUGGUCGGGUCAAAACAGCCCACUCCAGUGUUCCUCAGUCCCGAGGAAGCAGCUAUUCAUUGUCGGGCCGGUGCAUCUAUCUGGAAGUUCUGCAGCACUGACGAUGGCCUAGACCCAGACAUCGUGCUGGUUGGCAUCGGUAGCGAACUCAUGUUCGAGGUCAUAUACGCCGCAUCAAUUCUACGCAAACGGGUACCGGAGUUGAGAGUGCGUGUCGUGAAUGUCAUCGAUCUCAUGAUCCUCGAAAACCAAGGUGCACACCCACAUGCUCUAUCAACCGACGGAUUUGAUGCGCUCUUCACCCCUGAUCUCCCAAUUCAUUUCAACUACCAUGGCUAUAACACAGAGUUACAAGGUCUACUUUUUGGGCGUCCCAAUCUCGAUCGUGUGAGUAUUGCGGGAUAUAUCGAAGAAGGAAGUACCACUACGCCAUUCAACAUGAUGCUCGUCAACAAGGUUUCGCGGUUCCAUGUUGCAAGAGCCGCUGUUGAAGGAGCAGCGAAGCGGAAUGAGAAGAUCCGUCUGAGACUCCAGGAAUUGAUAAGUGAGCUGGAUACGAAUAUCAGAGAGACUACCAAGUACAUUGUUGAGCAUGGAACCGAUCCCGAAGACAUGUACGGUAUGCCAAAGUUUGGCUGAAGAUAGAAAUAGGAAAUCUGCAAUAUCUCCCGCUAUAGAAAUGUUGGUCUGUCUAAAUAUCAUGAAUAAUGUCAUUAGUACGUUGAAAAUAGAUUGCAAUGAAUUUUACUUUUUAUCAUAC